AUGAAGUUCUCUCAGAUCCUCGUUCUCGCCGGCGUCGCCAUGGCUUCUCCUACCCCCACCAUCAACAAGGUGGACAAGCGCACGCUGGAGAAGCGGGCGAGCAUCACCGAGGCCUGCGACAUCGGCUACGCUUCCAGCAACGGCGGCACGACUGGCGGAGCGGGCGGCACGACCACCACCGUGACCGACUUUGCCUCCUUCAGCGAGGCGGCCCAGGCCGACGGCCCCAAGGUCAUCGUCGUGUCUGGCGACAUCUCGGACUCUGGCGAGAUCGAGCCGACGUCCGACACGACCAUUGUCGGUGCUUCGGGCGGCGCGUCGCUGACGGGCAUCGCCAUCAACAUCCGCAAGGUCGACAACGUCAUCGUGCGCAACCUCAAGAUCGGGCUCGUUCCCGCCGAUGUCGGUGACUGCAUCGGCAUCGAGACCUCGACGCACGUCUGGGUCGACCACUGCGACCUGUCGGGUGACCUGACCGCCGGCAAGGACGACUACGACGGCCUGUUCGACGUCAAGCGCGGCUCCGACUACAUCACCGUCUCCAACACCUACUUCCACGACGCCUGGAAGGCCUCCCUCAUCGGCCACUCCGACUCCAACGCCGACCAGGACACCGGCCACCUCACCAUCACCUACGCCAACAACCACUGGGAGAACAUCAACUCGCGCGCUCCCAGCGUCCGCUUCGGCACCGUCCACAUCUUCAACAACUACUACGACACCAUCGAGAGCUCCGCCGUCAACACCCGCAUGGCCGCCCAGGUCCUGGUCGAGUCCACCCAGUUCGUCAACACCGAGACCGCCAUCGUCGCCGAGUACUCCGACGACACCGGCUUCGCCAACGUCAACGACGUCGACCUCGGCGACGGCACCAACACCGCCCCCACCGGUGACCUGUCUUCUUCCAGCCUGCCUUACACCUACACCCUCGUCGGUAGCGCCAAGGUCGCCAGCGCCGUCGCCGAUGCCGGUGCCACUCUUACCUGGUAA